AUGGUGAGGUUUGGAGACUUUAAUAGAAUCUGUGAGACAGUUGCUCUUACUGUGUGUCCUUUAGUGGGUGCAGAGGAAGGUCGUAAGGAAAUUGUCAUGUUCUUUUAUUUGUAUAUGAUGGUCACCACUAUAGAGUUAUUCCUUGUUUCCGGAAUUGUUCCUACAGCAUCUACUCCAUAUCCCUAUUUCGUCGCUGCACAUGUUGGUCUUAUCACUGCCACAUUCUGGUGUUUAUUAUUAAAUGGAUUCGUAGGAUUUCAAUUUGCCGAAGAUGGUACACCGUUAUCACUUUGGGGAAUGGCCGGAUUUGAUCCUUUACGUCCGGUAGCACUUUGGAUUGUAUUAUAUAUAUUCAACGGUGCAGCUUUAUCAAUCUAUGUAGUUCUUCAGAUUGUUCUUGUACUUAACACACUCGAUGAUCGUUGGCCACUUGGUGAUAUUUUGUUCGGUAUCGCAUUUUAUGUUAUUGGACAAGCUAUUCUUUAUAUCUUCUCCGUUCGCAUCUGUGAUACGGCAAAACAUUACAUUGAUGGUCUCUUCUUUGGAACAAUUUGUACACUUUUGGCUGUGAUGAUGGUUUAUAAAUAUUGGGAUUCCAUUACCAAAGAAGAUCUCGAAUUCUCUGUUGGUAGCAAACAAAAUGUAUGGGAAGUUAGAGAAUUAUUAGGAGAAGAAGAAUACUCAAAUCAAGGUGGUUAUGAAUUAAUACUACAAAAAUUAGGUGAAUGA